AAGGACAGGCACAAAGGAAGAGCUGUGGCAGGGUUCGCCUGUAUUGAAAGUGGGGCUUUGAAAUCGCGCAGAAGUUCUUUGUGCGGUGUUGUAGCUCGGCGGGAGGGUCAGCGAUGAGGGUUGAAGACGUUCGCGGACGGCGUUGAAGUCGAAAAUCGUCGCGUUCGCGUGUUUGUGUUCUUUUUCAGAACGUGGAAAAAACAAAAACAAAAAAAAAGGGAAGUGUUUUCUCGCUCGUGGCCGCGAGUGACCCGUAGACUCCGUGGGGUCAAGGUAGAUGUCAGGCACGGUGGCGGCGGUGGAGUCUUUGUUGUGAGUGUGAAAUCACACGUUCACCCUGGCUCACAGUCCGCACGGGGGUGAUGACCCGGGGGCGAUGCUGGAAUGGGAGGACACGGACAGAUUUUCUUUCGAGGACUCUGACAGGUUCGAAGAGGACUCGCUCUGCAGUUGGAGCAGCGAGCCAGAGAGCCUCUGCAACAACUGGAGAGGAUGGAAACGUCCGUUCGGCAGCUCGAAGAAGUCUGCAGAAGACGGGGCGCAGGUGCCGACGCUCAGCGAGCUGACGGCGCGCUGCGUCGCGGCGCACAUCCCCUUCGAGCUGGUGGAGCACGUGUACCCGCCCGUCCCGGAGCAGCUGCAGCUGCGCAUCGCCUACUGGAGCUUCCCCGACAACGAGGAGGACAUCCGCCUGUACUCGUGCCUGGCCAACGGCAGCUCGGACGAGUUCCAGCGCGGCGAGAACCUCUACCGCCUCAAGGCCGUCAAGGAUCCCCUGCAGAUAGGUUUCCACCUGAGCGCCAGCGUGGCAGUGCCUCCGUCCCUGCCCGGCCAGACCCGCGGCCAGUACAACGUGGCGGUGACCUUCGACCGUCGCCGCAUCACCUCCUGCAACUGCACCUGCAGCUCGACGGCGUACUGGUGCUCCCACGUGGUCGCCGUGUGCCUGCACCGCAUCCACCUGCCGACUCAGGUGUGCCUGAGGGCGCCGGUGAGCGAGUCGCUGUCCCGCCUGGAGCGCGACCAGCUGCAGAAGUUCGCCCAGUACCUGAUCAGCGAGCUGCCGCAGCAGAUCCUGCCGACCGCGCAGAAGAUCCUCGACGACCUGCUGUCCUCCCAGUCGUCCACCAUCAACUCGGUGUGUGGAGCCCCGGAUCCCACCGCGGGGGCUUCUGCCAACGACCAGACAUCGUGGUACUUGGAUGAGAAAACACUUCAUGACAACAUCAAGAAGAUUCUCAUCAAGUUUUGCAUUCCAGCACCAAUAGUGUUCAGCGAUGUGAACUACCUGAGCAACUCGGCGCCGCCGGCCGCGGCCGAGUGGACCAGCCUGCUCCGGCCGCUGAGGGGCCGGGAGCCGGAGGGCAUGUGGAACCUGCUGUCCAUCGCUCGCGAGAUGUUCAAGAGGAACGACCGCAACGCGGUGCCCCUGCUGGAGAUCAUCACCGAGGAGUGCAUGGCGUGCGAGCAGAUCCUGGUGUGGUGGUUCAACACGAAGGUGGCCCUGCACAACGGCAGCUCGGGCCACUCGGGCGGCAAGCACGGCAGCGUGAGCGGCAACAGCCACGCGUCGCAGCACGCCUGCUCCUCGCUGUGCGACGAGAUCGUGGUGCUGUGGCGGCUCGCCGCGCUCAACCCGGGGCUGUCCUCCGAGGAGCGCGAGCUGCUGCACGACCAGUUCCGCAACUGGCACCUCAAGAUCGUCGAGAAGGUCACGAAAACCCGCGGAGGGAACGUGAACAACCCUCAGACGGUGCCUGGGUCAGGCGUCAACAGGAGUGCCAUCAGCUUCCGCAACGACGUGGAGGCGUUCAGCGGCUUCAAGUCGGCCGUGGAGGCGUGCUAUCUGGACUGGGAGGACUACCCGCUGCCCAGCAUAACGUACGUGAGCGGCGUGAACCGCCUCUACCACUGCCCCUUCACGUGCUUCAGGCACGGGGAGUCAGCGCGGCCGGACAACCUGGUGAACUCGUCGCAAGCCGUGCUGAACUGCGAGCCGCCCAUGCUCCACCACGACCACCACCACCACCACCACCACCACCACCCGCGCCACCACCACCACAAGCCGCACCACCACGCCCCCAAGCGCCAGAUGAGGAUCAACAACUUCGUGGAGUUCUCGUACAUGGACUGCCGGCACCUGGGCGGGCAGUUCCCUCUGUGCCCCGUGCCCAUCGGCGGGCUGCCAGGGGCCGUACGCGCCCGCGACGACGGCAACCGCUCCAGCGUCAGCAGCGAGGGCUUCUGCGAGAACGACGCCGACCCCGACAUCCUGAACGACACGUUCGCGGGCUCGGGCCUCCAGGGGAUCGCGGCGGACUCGGAGCUCCGGGAGUGUGCGACGGGCAGCGAGUCGAGCAGCAGCGGGACGAGCGGCUUAGCCCCCGGCGAGAAGUGGCAGGGCGGGGGCACCACCCGCGCCAGCCUCGGGGGCGUGCCCGUCCCGGUGCCCGGCGGCCUCGGGUACUACCCCGUGUACGAGAUGGCGUACCCGCCCAAGCCCGCCUCGGACUUCUCCCUGGCGAUGGCCCCCGACCCGGCGGCGGCGGCGUCCGCCCCUCGCCAGGUCCGGGAGGAGCCGGCGAUGCCGCCGGCGUCCCCGCUGGCCCUGGACGGGGACUCGGACAGCUCCGGGAGCACGGGGUCCCCGCGGGGGGACCGCGAGGCGUCCCGCCGCCCCUCAAAGGACGAGUCGUCCAACUCCGACUCGCAGCAGUCGGGCGACGAGUACCACGUGUACUACUACGACCCCAAGGCCCUCGCCUGCCACGCGGGCAACGCAGAGAAGCUGAAGGCGCCCGAGGCGAAGCAGGACGAGCCGGGCAGCCCCCUGUCGUCGGCGUCGGUGUUCGCCAACCUGAAGAAGAUGGAGGACCCGUGGGAGAUCCUGCUGGCGCGGGCCGAGGGCCUUCACGCCCACGGGCACGGGCGGGAGGCCUGCACGCUGGCGGUGCAGCUCGCAGAGGAGCUGCUCGCCAACCCGCCGGACCUCAUGAUCGAGCUGCCGCCCAUGCCCACCAAGAACAAGCGCAAGAAGAAGGUGAACCCGGUGUCCCACCAGCUGUCCUGCCUGGCCUCCGCCACGCUCGCCAAGUGCGCGUUCCUGUGCACGGUGCUGGCGGAGAAUGCUGACCACUCCCACCUGGCCUUCAGGGUCGGGCUGUUCGGGCUGGAGAUGGCACGGCCCCCGGCCAGCACCAAGCCCCUCGAGGUGAAGCUGGCGAACCAGGAGACGGAGCUGGUCUGCCUCCUGAAGCGCAUCCCGCUGGGACCCUGGGAGCUGAAGGUGAUCCGGGAGCGGGCGGAGCAGCUGAAGACCGGCACCCUGCGGUCCCGGGGCGACGCCCUCCUGCCCAUCGUGGUGGCGAGCUUCAUAUUCGAGGCGCUGGCCGUCCCGCCGGAGCGAGGCCCCCACAUCGUCGCAGCGAACGCGGCCGGCCGCGAGCAGCGCUGCCAACUGCAGAGCCUCGGCCUGCGGCUGCCCACGGACGAGGCGCUGGGGUUCGAGGCCGCGGUCGCGGCCCUCGGCCUCAAGGCCAACGUGUCGGAGGCGGAUCACCCGCUGCUCUGCGAGGGGACCCGGAGGCAGAGAGGAGACCUGGCCAUAGCUCUCCUGGUGUACUACAAGGACGAGCCGAGCAAGAUCGCCCGCAUCAUGGAGAAGCUGCUGGACCGGGAGAUCCACAUGCUGGUGAAGGUGCCCAUCCCGACGUCGCAUUACUCCGCCAACCCCGGCGCCAAGAUCCAGCUUCCCAGCCGCAGGAGAGAGGACUCCGUCUGUAGCGAGCCAAUGGUCCCUUCUACGUCGGAGCCCUUGCUGAUCGACAGUGCAGCCGUCUCCGGCGCCGGCAGCCGUCCCCACAGCUCCACCAGCGCGGAGCUGGAGCAGGGGUUGUCAGCCCUGGCGCUGGGCGGAGCCCCGCCCCCGGGCAGCGUGUCCCAGGUCGCCGGCAUCCCGCGCAGCAAGGAGUCCACCCGGUACAAGGGCAAGCGGGCGUACCCGUCGAUCCCGAACCAGCCCUCGGAGGCGGGGGCCCACUUCAUGUUCGAGCUGGCCAAGACGGUGCUGACCAAGGCGGGCGGCAACAGCAGCACGUCGCUCUUCACGCAGGCGUCCACCUCCCAGAACCACCACGGGCCGCACCGCUCGCUGCACAUCUGCGCCUUCCAGAUCGGCCUGUACGCGCUGGGGCUGCACAACUGCGUCAGCCCCAACUGGCUCAGCCGCACCUACUCCUCCCACGUGUCCUGGAUCACAGGCCAGGCGAUGGAGAUAGGGGCGCCGGCCAUCUCGUUCCUCAUCGAGACGUGGGAGGGCCACCUGACGCCCCCGGAGGCCGCGAGCAUCGCGGACCGGGCCUCGCGCGGCCGCGACCGCAACAUCGUCCACUCGGCGGCCGAGCUGGCGCUGUCCUGCCUGCCCCACUCGCACGCGCUCAACCCCAACGAGAUACAGCGGGCCAUACUGCAGUGCAAAGAGCAGAGCGACUCGAUGCUGGAGCAGGCGUGUCUCACCGUGGAGGCAGCCGCGAAGGGAGGCGGUGUCUACCCAGAGGUGCUGUUCCAAGUGGCCAAGUACUGGUACGAGCUCUACAUGCGGAACGUGCCGGGCGGGGAGCACAUGGACAGCGAGGUCCCCCCGGAGGCGAUGGCCGUCGACUCCCACGGCACGCUGCUCGCCAUGGUGGAGCCCGCACAGGAGAUGCCGCCCCCGUCGGGCGCCGUCCAGCCGGUCGUUGUGACGACGGCGGCCCCCCCGCCUCCCUACCCCUCCCACCACCCCGCCGUCACCACGCUGGCCAUGAGCGUGCCGUACUCCGUGGGGCCGUACAGCUUCGCGGUGCAGGGGCUGCACUUCGGGGGGCCCAUGGCCCACCGGCCCGUCGCCCUGCCCCCGCCCCCGCACCUGCAGAUGUACCACCUGUCGCCGCCUGCGUUCCAGUACCCGCCGCACGCCGCCAGCCCCUACCUGGUGGCGUCGGCGCCGCCCCACCACAUGUACCCCCUGCCCCCGGGGGCCGCCCCGUCGCAGGGCCUGCCGCCUCCGCCCGCCGGCUCCUCCGCCUCCGGCUCACCUCAGCAGGUGGGCAACGGCAUGGCGCGGCCCAGGCAGAGCUUCUCCCAGGUGCAGGUGCGCUACCUGCUGGCGGCGUACCGCGUGGGGAUGCUGGCUCUGGAGACGCUGUCUCGCCGGGUCCACGACGACCGCCCCCAGGCCAAGUACGCGCGCAACCCCCCGUACGGCGAGGACGCCAAGUGGCUGCUGCGCAUCUCCAAGAAGCUCGGCACGCAGUACCUGCACCAGUUCUGCAUCUGCGCGGUGAGCAGCAUCGUGAGCCCGUACGUGCUGCAUGACAUCGCCCUGGAGGCGGGGCAGUACCUGGCUCGCAACAACCCCAGCCUCCUGGGGCAGCACCUGCGCUCCGCCCUGCUGCCCCUCGUCCAGAAGUGCCAGCAGAUGUACAUCCAGUGCUUGCACCAGAAACUGUACCACCUGACCACCGGCGACUACGAGGACUUUGUGAACAUCGUGUGCUCGGCGCGCGCGGCUUUCCAGAUCACGCCGGAGGGCUCCACCCAGUUCAAGGAGUGGCUGCAGUCCAUACGCAGCAGGUCCAAGUCGUGCAAGAAGGACCUCUGGGCCCAGAUAAACGCGGCGCUGCAGGCCAACAGCAAAUGACAGUGGCCGGAGCUAGGCGCCCACCACUGCGGCGGGGGAGGGGCGAGCCCGGCCAGGGCCCCGCGUCCCGCCGACCUGUCCCAGGACGCCGCCGGCUGGGACGGCGACCCCCCCGGCUCGUGGCCGUGGAGCGACGCCGACCCCAGAUGACUCGCGUCUCGUCGUCCACGCCCUCGCCCCCCCCCCUCCACCUAGAUAGAACAGAAAUGAACCGUUUCGAAGAAAGGGGAAAAAAAAUAAAAAAUUAAAAACUCUCCAUUCCGUGUCGUGAUGUGGCGUGGAAACAGCCCAAAAAAAUUAACAAAAAGCAAAACACUAUUUUUUGACACUAUAAGCUCCCACUCGAGUGUUCUUCUCUUUGUUUUUUGUUGUGUGUGAAGUGAUGUGUACUCGUGAACGUGUUCUAUCGUAUGUUGCAUUGCCUUCUUUGUCGUGUACCGUUUGUUGAUAGCUGCGUUGUAAAUGUGAACGAAAGCAUGGUUUUUUCCAGUCAGAUCUCAUUUUAUUAUUUUGUAAAUAACCGCAAAUCUGUACGGGCCAAUUGUUAUUCUCAGAGAUUUUAAUAUUUUACUAUUAUUUUUUUUGUGUAGUAAGUUCUUCUUCAUCUUUCUUACUUAAUUUUUUUUUAUUAGUUUUCCUGUUUUCAGGAUCUCGUAAGUUUACAAUGCCACUUUUUUUUUUCCCACCCAUAUUGUCUGGUUUGCAGGGAAAAUGAAUUUUGCGUGAGUGCUGCGGAACAGCGUAAAGUAACUGUUGUGAAUGAACAUGAACUUUUUACGGUGCGAGAUAAACUGUCUUUUGUGUUUAGAGCGUAAAUGAAGAGAGAAAAUUUACAGAUGAUUUAUUAUCACUAUAAGUGAUGUCAUUGAGAUUCAUUGUAAUGUGAUGAAUGGUUUCGAAUUGUUGUGUGUUCGGAUAUGUACGAUGAUGGUUUCGCUGAAACAGACAACUUUGCACGUACACACACAUGCACACUGUGUUCAAAAAAAUUUUAUCACGUAAAUAUUUUUAAGUGAAAAUUAGGUCAUGAGGGAGUGAGAUGUCUAAACACUUUUUACAGCGUUAGUAGAUAAGUGUAAGCAUAUGUGUUUUGAAAACGUGUAACUUAAUGUUCUUCGUCUUUUUAAAAAAUAGCAAGUUUGCGCCUAGAAAUCCUUGUGCUAGUUAAUGUGUUCUCCCUCAUUUGAGGUUAUAAACUUUUUUGAUAAUGUUCUAUCUAGUUUGGAAAUUUUUGAUUGUUAAAAUUGAUAAUGAAUUUUUAUUUUUUUUUAAAUUUAAUCAGUAUCAGUAACUGAACUUAAUAUUGUCGCGGGUUGAAAUUUUGCAGGGUUGUUGAAAUCAAAUUUAGGGACUUUACUGACGGGACUCUGGGCUGGCUGCUCUGUUCACUCGUCAGCGCAAGUGGCGUGACCAUGUAAUUGGGGCACGGGGCCGGCGCGGCGCGCUGCGGGCUUGCAGAAUUUUGUUUGUUUGUUUGGCCGCACGCUGGCGCAGCCACGGGCCGCGGUUACUGGGGCGCGCUGUCGUAACAAGCCGCGCGGUGUGGCCUGCACAUUGGGGUAGAGGGGGGGUAGUCUUCCCAGAUGUUCUAGUUAGUUGUUUAGUAAAUUUGACUUCAAUAACGAGCUUUUGUUAUGGUAGGCGCGGCAGGGCGCGCGAAUUUAAGCGCAAGUGAUUGGUGACUCGGGGCUCACUCAGGCGGAGGCUAUGCGUCUCACCUGUGGUCACGAGUUGUUAGUUCGUUCGUGAUGUAGGAAUUCAAGCUUUCGGGCGGAAGCUAUGGUCGACGCCAGAGGCCACGAGUCGUUUAAUUUAAGUUAGGUCAUAAUGUAGUCAUCUUCAAGCUUUCGGGCGGAGGCAAUGGCCCUCGUCACUAGUCGUUUAGUUAUAAUUUUUAAAAUGUAAUGUUCGUUCGGAUUUUAAGGGCAGGAGAGGCCCCUACGUUAGUUUUAAGUAAUCGAUCAAGAAAGGCUUUUCGGAAAAUGUGAGUAUGGACUUAUCUUUGUUUUAAUUUUAAGUAUUAAUUAUGAUUUGAGGUAUUCGGAAGGACUAGGGAAGUGUUUAGUGAAGUUCUCUCAUUCUCUCUCUUGUAAGGUCGUUCAAUCGUUAAGGAAGUAAAGAGAUUAUUGUUUUAAAUUGUAAUCCCGCUAUUUAAAUGUUCUUUAAAAUGAUGUUGAGUAUUUGACUUUAAGAAUAAAAUAAUUUUAAUUAAGUAUUAUGUUAUUUUGCAAAAUCUCCUUAGUUCAGCUCUCACCAGACAUCCUGUACGGGAUGACGAACCUAUGAUCCUAGGUACAGUAAAGUAUUUUAUGAAGUUAAGACUAGUUGAUGCCAAGCGAGUUGUUUCUAUGUAAAGAGCUACGAUUCUCGCCCCCCCCUCUGAAGGUGGCACGUGACAAUAUAAAUAAAAAUGUAAUGAUUUCUUUUGGUCUAA